GUCAAGGACUGGGGAUUUUUAUUUCGUUAUGAAACGGAUUGUAGUGCUUUCAGCUGUUUUAAUACAAAAUAUCAUAUGUAUUCAUCAAGAUGAAAUUGAAAAGAUAUUACGGAUACACAAUUCCUUCAGAAGGAGUUACGCAAAACAAGGUUUACCAAGCCAGAUAGCAAACAUGAAUUUACUAGUUUGGAAUAAUCUAUUAGCUGCAGAAGCCGAACAAAGAAUAUCAUGUAUGCCACAUUCUGAGGAAAAUUCAAAUAAUUAUAUUGGGAGGCAAAUCAAUACAGGCAUAACAAAAAAUGGCAACCUAACAAAAGUCAUUGGGGAUUGGUUGACAGAGGGACAGUAUUUUAUUCCGGAAUUUGAAACAUGUCUGAAUAUUGAAGAAUGCCAAAAUUUUCUGACGAUAAUAGGGGCACAGUUGCGGUUUAUGGGAUGUGCUUUUCGAAGAAAUUGCAGGAGUCAUAAAAUAUCUUAUGAUGUGCUCUUAUGUGUUUAUGAAGGAAGUCAGGAAAGUCAUAAACUUUACAACAAAGGCCCUGUCUGCACACAUUGCGAACACCAAACCUCCUUCUGUAAUGACGGAUUGUGUGAUACCUGCAAUGAGGAAAAUGGAGCUAGUUGUGAUUGCAGAAAAACGUGCAACAAGCCAGGGAUUGGGGUAGGAGUACUGGAUAAUUCUACCUGCACCUGCGAAUGCCUGUACGGGAAGGGGCCGAACUGUGAUGAAGACUGCGUGAACCCCCAGAUGUAUGAAAACUGGGACAUCUGUGAGUUGGUGACCACAGAUGAUUGCCUGUCAGAAGAUGGGGGAAUUCUCAAGGAAUACUGCCCCGCUAAAUGUGAUUGUACUCGACAUCCAAUGGCGGAAAAUCAAGCGAUGGGAAGACGUGGGAAUUAAUGAGAGAUAAUUAUUUGUACUGAGUUUUGUUCUCGAUUUAUUGAAGAACUCUUUAAAGAGUACAUUGAGCAAACCAAAAACUGGUAAUGUUUGCUAGAGGGAGACACAAGGGAUAUAUAUACUUGAUAACGUAAUGUUGUAUAGAAUGGACAUACACCGAUUGCGCAUUUUUUAUAUCAAUUUUAUUUUUGUCUUUUGUGUACAUUUGGUCAAUAAACAUUCCCCCCCCAAACA